UCGUCACUUUCGUCAGUUAGUUUACGUUUUGGCGGUGUUGUGGAAGUUCGUGCUGUUAUAAAAUGCGUGAUAAUGCCACUAUAAUCUUUUGUUUCAGUCCAAUUUGCUAAGCAAUUUUGUUCUUAAUUAGUUUACAAGUCAAACAAGUGAUAUAAAAAAUAUUUUAACCACUUGCCACAUUGUUUGAAAGUUGUCUGCACACGUGAAUGUUUUGGUUGUGAGAAUCACGGAUCACGUCAAAUUGUUUUGAAAAAAGUGUGGUGCAGUUGUUAACUUUGAGGUGGAUUAUCUACACGCUAUUAAUCUUUGGAUACCAACAUUUGGCGAACACACAAGCUGCCACGACAAUGUGGGGAUCGUAGUGACUUUCACCAUUACGCAGUUACAGUAGAUACAUUACAUGGGUGCCGGGAUGGCGGUGUCCAAGGCGGAAGGCUCGGGAGGGCUGGGGCUCAUGUCCUGUGUAAGGGAGCCCUCGCCUACCGACCUCACUGACGCCGAACACCCCCAACAUGAGCCCAAGAAGCGGAGGUUCAGGCCACUGCGAGGUCUGCGCCGCAUGUUCCGCCGCAAGGAGCGUCGUCCGCAGCCUGUCACAGUGUCAGCUGAUGAGCUGAGUAGUGGCAGUGGCGGUGCACCGGCCGAGCACCCGGACACUGACAAUCGCCGCAGGUAUAAUGUUCCGCGCAAGGAGCGUCGUCCGCAGCCUGUCACAGUGUCAGCUGAUGAGCUGAGUAGUGGCAGUGGUGGUGCGCCGGCCGAACACCCGGACACUGACAAUCGCCGCAGGUAUAAUGUUCCGCGCAAGGAACGUCGUCCGCAGCCUGUCACAGUGUCAGCUGAUGAGCUGAGUAGUGGCAGUGGUGGUACACCGGCCGAGCACCCGGACACUGACAAUCGCCGCAGGUAUACUGUUCCGCGCAAGGAGCGUCGUCCGCAGCCUGUCACAGUGUCAGCUGAUGAGCUGAGUAGUGGCAGUGGCGGUGCACCGGCCGAGCACCCGGACACUGACAAUCGCCGCAGGUAUAAUGUUCCGCGCAAGGAGCGUCGUCCGCAGCCUGUCACAGUGUCAGCUGAUGAGCUGAGUAGUGGCAGUGGCGGUGCACCAGCCGAGCACCCGGACACUGACAAUCGCCGCAGGUAUAAUGUUCCGCGCAAGGAGCGUCGUCCGCAGCCUGUCACAGUGUCAGCUGAUGAGCUGAGUAGUGGCAGUGGUGGUGCACCGGUCGAGCACCCGGACACUGACAAUCGCCGCAGGAGCGGUAGUGGGCUACACUCUGGUCUCAGCUUGUCCCACGACUCUGUAUUCUCCCCAGAGACGAGGCAAGGCCAGGACCUAGACUCCUCGUCCUCACUUUCCAUGCAGAGGCUGGCCCAUGCCAACACCAACGUACAGGCGGAGCUGGUAGACGCUGUGCGACGUCGAAGAGCCAGAGAGGAGACCAGCGACGACGAGGACCUAGGACUGCCCAGGAGUCCUGCCUCUAGCUCUCCUACUGCAGCCACCCCCGACCAUCUACACAUCAACCUCAAGGAGACGGUUAGCAAGUCCAACCACAGCACCUGCAGUGAUGGCUCCCUACUCAGCAUGGGCAGCUCGGAGAUGGACGAGGAUUCAUACGGUCAAAGUUCAGGACAUGGUUCCAAGAUUUCGCUGCAUGAGAAAAAAUCAGACUCGACGGAGGUGGAGGUGACGUCUGCACCACUCAGUCACUCGGCUGCGCGACACAAAAUGUCUGUCAAGCCCAAGCGAAACCACGGCGUACCAAGGAAACGGCGCUCAACUCAGCUGGGGGAGGUAACGUUGCUGCCCUCUACACCCGAGGUGGUGGAAGAGUCACCUCCGAUGUCACAGGUGUCCACCGUACGAAGUGUCACCCCUGAUCCUGACUUGUCACUAAUGCCUGACUCAUUAUGUUGUUGUUGUGUUGGUACAGCUGGGGGAGGUAACGUUGCUGCCCUCUACACCCGAGGUGGUGGAAGAGUCACCUCCGAUCUGGGGGAGGUAACGUUGCUGCCCUCUACACCCGAGGUGGUGGAAGAGUCACCUCCGAUGUCACAGCUGGGGGAGGUAACGUUGCUGCCCUCUACACCCGAGGUGGUGGAAGAGUCACCUCCGAUGUCACAGGUGUCCACAGUACGAAGUGUCACCCCUGAUCCUGACUUGUCACUAAUGCCUGACUCAUUAUGUUGUUGUUGUGUUGGUACAGCUGGGGGAGGUAACGUCGCUGCCCUCUACACCCGAGGUGGUGGAAGAGUCACCUCCGAUCUGGGGGAGGUAACGUUGCUGCCCUCUACACCCGAGGUGGUGGAAGAGUCACCUCCGAUGUCACAGGUGUCCACAGUACGAAGUGUCACCCCUGAUCCUGACUUGUCCCUGCUGCCUGACUCAGGCACAGCCACUGCCUCUCCAUCAACACAGCUCAAGUCAGCCUCUCUGCCACUCGGAGCAGCACCUGCCUGGGACACGAGCGCCGUCAAACUGUCUCGCAGCAAGUCCAGUGCUACCAACAAACAACUCGACUCCACCACUGAACAGGACGAACCGGAGUCUCUGAAGAAAGAGGAUACGACGUUCUUCGGACGACUGCUCUCACGGCGCAGUGGCAAGAAGAAGAAGACUGUUGAGGAGCCUCCGUUGGACCUGCCGCAAAAACGGAUGGACGAGAAGGGACGAUAUGUACACGAGGUGACAAAACUGGGACGUCAUCAUCCGGCAUCCCGACAAAGAGUGGAACCCAUCAACAUAUCUCAGGAUCGGUCUGUCUCCAGAAUGAGGGUGUUUUAUCCUCCGUCACCACCUCCUCCUGAUUCUCCUCCCAAGAGACGCAAGGAGGAAACAUUUGAUGACGAAAGCAUUCUAGAAGGAAGAUCUCUGAAAAAGAUCAUUCCGUUAGAAGUGGAUUCAUCUAUUCCUAAACGAACUUUUGUCAAAAAGUCACAGAGCUUCAGGAGAGAUGAAGCUCUUCCUUUUGUGUCUCUCGAUACGCCCAGUUUGCCAAUCGGACUCGGGGCAGAGCUUCAGAAGGACGAGGUAGAAGUAGAAGAUCUCAAUGAGUUAACUACUAUGGAAGUUGUGGACCAUCAUUUGACUAAAGACAGGGUUGAAACUGAGGAGAAAGAAGUCACUACAACGGUGAAAGUGACUAGUUCUGAGGAGACAGACUCUUGUGACGUCACAGUGACAACUAAAGAUACAUCUAAUGAAACAUUAGAGCUGAACUUCAAAAAGAGUUCAUCAUUAAAUAGCAUCAACGGUUGUGAUAUGGUACCAGCAAGGAGAAAGUCUGCAUCUUCAGAAAGUGUUAAUCAUCAAAUGACAAUACCAGUUGGCUCUAGUGUUGUAAAUAUCACUCAAACCAUAAAUGAGCCCUGCAGUGAAAGCCCACCACCUCCAAAUGUAAAACCUGAACCUCGUAGGAGUUUGAUAGAUGGAAAUAAAGAUGUUCCUAAUUUUUACCCUGUACCUGCUCCUCGACUUUCCAAACGAGAAAGUUUGGAAUCAAAACCUCCAAGAGUGCCAGAAUUUUUACGAGUCCAGUUGAACCAUGUUGACAGGGAGCCUUCUGUCAAUGUAGUUUUGUCCACAUCUCCAGGCUCAGUUCUAGAUGAAAAAACACAAGAUGAAAAAACACAAGAUGAAAAACCUGAUGAACAAGAUGAUUUUGAACAGGACUCUCUUCAGUUGGAUGAUAGUUUGUCUGAAAAUGUGAAGAAGCCUUCUAGACCAGAAAGUUUGAGUAUCAGCGUUGAAGUCGACAAGAACGAUAAAUUGGAAAGUACCUUUAAGAAGGUUGAUGUAGUCACAACAAAAGAGCCUACAGAUCCUAACCAAGUUAGAUUCAUUCACAAUGUCAAACAGUGGUCUGCUCCUCCUUAUUUGGUAUCAAAUCCCAACUACUCUAUUGUUUCAAUAGCUCCGAGAAACAUUGAGUCUAAAAAGUCACCAGAAAAACCAAAUAUACUGACUCAACAGAGUAUUCAGAAAACAGUAAUAAUUAAAGAAGUAAAAGAAAAGUCUCCUCCAGUGGUUGAUAAAAGCCAAGACUUACCACCCAUAAAGCCUGUUUUAAGGCAAAGAUCUUUUGUAAGUGAGGAGAAACCAGCCAACAUUUUGAACUGUGAGAAACCUGCCAAGACUGAAGAUGCUAAGUUUGUCCUCCGUAAGAAAUCCCUGCCAAAAGAAGUAUUUGUCUCAGAAUUUGAUAAAUCAAGGAAAUUAAGUUUAGAAAGACUUGAUUCUCGAAACAUUGAAAACAUGAGUGAUUUCAGCAAGAGAAAAUCACGAGAAAUGUCUAGCAGUGAAGACAACAUCGUAGAUCGUAACUCCUAUGGCAGUUCUGACACUCUAGCUUCGCAAGACAGUGGUGAUGUUGUUCUUAGGCGGAAAUCAUUGUCUCGAGACAUAAUCAAACAGAAAGAAGAAGAGCCAGAAUUACUAAAAGUAUUUGCAAGGAGGUCUCUUAAAGUCAAAGACUGUGACAUUCCUGAUGAUAUCGACCCAGUAACAUUUCAACCGUUGAAGUCUAGAGAUAGUGAUAAGGAAAAUGAGUGUGGCGAUUCACCUCCUGAGGAGCGGAAAAAGAUGAAAGACCAUCUUGCAGACUCUAAAGUUUCUGAAAAGACUGUUCCUAGUGUAACUAUUAAAUACCAAAGGAGUGCAAGUAUGCAUAAUGAAGAAACUCACACUCCGACAGUUUUAGCUACUUCCAAGAAAGACAACAAUGCCUUUGAGAAACGGCAAAGAAGUCGAACGAUACCUGAUCCAAAAAUAAUCGAUCCUCCUACAACUAUUGUUACCCAUAAAGUAAUAGCAAAUAUAUUCAAAGAGAAAGAAGUUGAAGUGAUCAGUUUGGAAAAAUCUGAAGAAAAUAACACAGAAAAUGAGGAAAACGUUCCAAGAUUCAAGAAAAUUCAGCAACGCAAAGAAGAAUGGGAAAAGAGAGCACAGAUGGCCAUGAAGAAAACCCAUCCGUGAUCCUGUUGGGCUAAUUCUGCUUUGUAUAGGGCUAUAUAUAUAUCUCCAUUUCGUAAAUAGCUUUCCUUGUGCACUUUUAUACACUUUAAACUGCUGUGAAUGAUGCUUUCUUAUUGCUUCAUUUAAUGAUAAGAGAUGUAUGUGUAUUUUUUAUUUUGUUUUCAAACAAAGAUUUUACUCUUGGGAUAGAUUGACGAGGAUAAGAACGUUUGUAAAUGUUGGAUGACUGCAGGGUGGCUCUGUGCCUUAUACAACUAUUCUUGGUUGAAAAAAUACUUAAAAUUUAAAGUCUGUUAAUUUGGAAUACCUUGUUGAAAUUUGGUUUUAGAAACCGUAACGAGUGUUUAUUUUUCUUUGUAUAUCUGUAUCUAAGAGUAGUUGAGCUGUGUUUUUAUUUUAGUGUUUUUGUAAAUCAGCCUAAGUAAUAUAUAUUCUUCUACCUAAUAUAGUUUGUGUACAAAAGUAUUUUCUACAAGUAUGCAUUUUUACAACAUCAAAAUAUGAGCAUUUAUAGCUAUUCAAUUUAUUUUUAUAAAUAUUUUUAUCUAAAUAUAGUAGUUCCUUGACUUAUACUACAUUUUAAUUAAGUCAUUUUAAAUAUCCAAUUAACUACAUUACAUUAUUUCUUGAUAAUUGUUCAACAGUCAACACAAAAAAAAUUACUUGUCAUUGUUGUUGUUUGUUUUAUUUACAAACUUUAAUUUUGCAAUAGGGUACUUUUCAAAUGCAGUUAUGAAAGUGGUGAUAUUACAAAGUGUUGGUAAAUUUUACUGUCCUGAAACCUACAUUCUUUCCUGAAUAUAUUUCCAUAAAUAAGCUAGUUUAUAUUACUGUAUUAAUUUUUUUUUCUGAAAGUCUCAGUGAUAAAGUUUGUGAUUUGCGAGUUCCAAAGCCACUAGAGUCAGGUUGGUUGUCAGAAACUGUGAUUGUUCCGAAUGCCUUGGUAUAACAACUGAUAUUUACCAUAAUACAGUUUACUCUUACAAGAGAUAUAUUUUACUCUAAAAGAAGUCCAAUCUAGUAUACAUAAUAUUUUCUAUGUACAUAAGUGUUAUUAAAAUUAAAUAUGUAUGUAUGUUGAAUUUUGUAUGUUUAACCGAUGUUAGUUAUUCAUGACAAUAUUAUGUGUGAUUUCAACUUUGCUUGAAUAAAUUGUAUAUUUUAUUGUGUUCUUGAUAUGUAUAUUAGACGAUUACGUAAUAUAGAUAUUUUCAAUACAGUU